UUGCUGCGGAAGGCAGAGCUUCUUACGGAUCACAAUGAGCCGGUAUCAGCGGUCACGUACAACAACCUCGCGUGCUACUAUCGGAGGGUGAACAAGUUGAGAACAGCACUGAAUUACCUCAAGAAAGCUCAGCAGAUUGAAAUGAGAAAUGAGGGAUCAGCGGCAAAUCCUGCCGGCACUUCCCUGAAUUUGUGCGCGGUGCUGUCCCAGCUGGAGAGCAGGCACGAAGAAGCCCUGCUGCAUGCUCGCUCUGCGGUCUAUCUGAUCAAGGAGGAGUUACGAUCGGUACGCUCUUGGCUGACUUGGGAGGAGCCUGACGAGAAGGGGCAGAAGUCGGAGCAGUCGCCCGAGGUCAUGAACAAGAUGGCGGUGCUGGCGAUCUCCUACCACAACAUCGGGGUCGAGGAGGAGUUCCUGAAGCAGUUCGACGAGAGCAUUCAAGCUUACAAGAAGGGCCUGCAUGUG